AUGGACCAGUGUGUGAUAUGUCCAGAAAGUCACUACACCAACUCAGAGAAGAACCACUGCCUCAAAAAAUCUGUGAAGUUUCUGUCCUAUGAAGACCCCUUGGGGAUGGCUCUUACUGCCACAGCACUGUGCUUCUCUGUACUUGCAGCUGUGGUUCUUGUAGUCUUUGUGAAGCACAGAGACACACCAAUUGUCAAGGCCAACAAUCGUGCUCUCAGCUACACCCUGCUAUUGAUACUCAUCAUCUGCUUCCUCAAUUCCUUGCUCUUCAUUGGCCAGCCCAACACAGUUACAUGCAUCUUGCAGCAGACAGCAUUUGGAAUUUUGUUCACCGUGGCUCUCUCCACAGUAUUAGCCAAAGCUAUCACAGUGGUUAUUGCAUUCAAGGUCACGGUUCCAGCUAGAUUUGUGAGGUGGUUAAUGGCUUCAAGGGCCCCUAAUUUUAUCAUCCCCAUCUGCACACUGAUCAAACUUGUUCUCUGUGGAAUCUGGCUGCUUACCUCUCCACCCUUCAUUUAUCAUGAUACUCAUGCUGAACAUGGCUACAUCAUCAUUGUGUGCAACAAAGGAUCAACACUUGCUUUCCACUGUGUGCUGGGAUACCUCUGCUUCUUGGCACUUGGGAGCUACACCAUGGCUUUCUUGUCCAGAAAUUUGCCUGGCACAUUCAAUGAAGCCAAGUUCCUGUCAUUCAGCAUGCAGGUAUUCUUUUGUGUGUGGGUCACGUUCCUCCCUGUCUACCACAGCACAAAGGGGAAGGUCAUGGUGGCUAUGGAAGCCUUCUCUAUCUUGGCUUCCAGUGCAGCACUCCUUGGUUUGAUCUUUGUCCCCAAGUGCUACAUCAUUUUGUUUAGACCAGAUAAGAAUUCCUGUGUCGACAUUAGGCAAAAAACCCAUUAAAAAAAAAGAAGUCACUUAAAAUUUAGUUAAAAUUAAAUUAAGCUGUUACUAAAUCAAAUUCAAUGAUUGAAGCCUGUGUCAGACCAUUCUAAAUCUCUUAUUCAGGUAGGAGAGUAUAAGGGUUUAUAAUUCUUUACAUAAUAGUAAUAAAGUCUUUGUUGACCUAGAAACAUUGCUUUUAUCUCAGGUUUGAAAUUCAUGUUUUACUUUUUUUCUGUAAUAAAAUUUCUCCUUGUUACAUUUCUUGGCCUCAAGCCUCAUAUGUAGAAAAGUGUGGCAUAAACUCAUGGAUAUCUGAUUUCCUUUGCCUACAAAGUGCUGGUAUUGGUGUCACCAGCCACAUUUAAUUUAGUUGAUCCUUCUCUGAUUUUUUUAAAUGAAAGUCAUUAAAUUUCAUGUAAUUUAUUUCAGUUUUUGAACUUGAGAAGAUUCUGUUAUAUCCUACUCUCUAAUUUGAAGGUUAUGAGAGUAGAUUGUUUCUCAAACAUAAAUUUUCAUUUUUAUGAUUUUCAGAAGAAAUUUCCUGGUUUAGAAUGACAGUAGAAUAUCCUAUUUUCAUAUCUUGUUAUUUUGUCAUGAUGGAAAAUAAAAACCUCUUACUGUGGGGAACUACAACGAUGCCUUUCUGUAACUAGUAGUUGUUUAGAUACUCAGAGCUCAGAAACAGUGUUAUGUGACUGAUCAAGUGGUACAUAGUGUGUUAUGAGAACAAGGCAAGCAGGGUGAGCAAUGAGCAUUAUGGAAGAUGGAGUUAAUAAAACUCUACAGCAGAAUAAUAUGAAGGGUAUAUUCUUCAUUAUAAUAAAUUAAAAUUCUUUCUUGAAGAAGUAGAAAUCAUGAAUAAUGGACAAUGGAAAAAGAAUUGUUAUUUUAAAUGACCUGAGAAAAAGUCGUUGAACCUGAUCAUAGAAAUCAUGACUGGAUAUUCAGGAUCUCUGAAGAAAACACAUGUCUCUACAAAAACAGGGAAUGUUAAAGCAUCUUCUGUAGGUAACGUCAUUAAAUGCCAGCAAUAUGAAUGAACAUUAGCUAAUGCAAUUUGGACAUGUGCAAUUCCUUACAAGCUUUCUAUUUGAAGAUUUGUUAUCUUUGUGGUAUGAUUGAAGAGGUAGGCUUUUCAGUGCUUGGGUAGAUGGUGUUAAGUUCAUGACUCUAUUAUAUUUCUGAGGCAAUAUAGAAAGUAAGAAGUCAGAAAGAGACCAAUCUGCCUUAAGCAGAAGUGAUUGGUGUUUUUUUUUUGUUUGUUUGUUUGUUUUUUCAAUUAUAGGGACAGACAUUUUCCAGUGGGAAAAAAGGGGUAUUUGUGAAAAAAAUGUUUUCAUGUACAGUUUAUGUAAGGGUACAUUUUUACAGAUGCAGAU